AUGAAUUUAGCAUAAUAAUAAACAUAAGAAGAAAAUCCAUUUCAAUUUGAGUUGGAUUCUAAAAAGUUUCUGUAAAAGCUAGAAAGAGAACGCAAUUCUGGGUAUAAUGACGAUGAUGAAGAACAAAAACAAGUUCCACACACUUAAAAAUUAUAUCAAACUAGUGCCAAAUCAACACGAUUUGGACUGUUAUAAAAAUUAGAAGAUCAAAGUACAAAUUCACUUCUACUCACUAUAGCAAAUAAAUUAGCGCAAGAGAGAGAUGAGAUGUUUGCCAAUGAAGCCAAAAUGAGAGAUCCUAAUUAACCACAGAAAAUCGAUGAAAUAGCUCAGCAUAUCAAACAUUUUAAUCCAAAAUUGAUGGAAUACAGAGAUGAUGAAGCUAGGAAAACUAUCUAUGGAAAAGAGGAUAAAAAGAAGGAUUAUGAAUUGUAGGAAAUGAAGAAGAAAAAAUAUAGAAUUAAAUCCAUUUUAAGAGAAAAGAGAGAAACAAUUACAGAUUUCAUUGAAAAAAAAAGAGAAAUAUGUUUGGCUAAUUUGAAUAUCAUGACUAAGAAGGAAGAAACUGAAAGACUUGAGGAUUUUAUCAAGAAUGAAUAGGAAUCAUUGAGAGCAAGAAGAUUAUAUUUUAAAAAUGAUUGUGAAUUAGUCAAAAAGUUCAUGAAUGAAGUGAAAUUCCAAGCAGAUUAAGCUGCUUAUUAAGCUGAUAGAGAGGCGAAAAAGAAAGAUGAAGUCAAGACUGAAGUGGCCAAAAUAUUAGCUCAAAUUGAUAGAUUGAAGUUAUAGAAGACAAAAUAUGGAGAAGAAUUUGAAAAAUUAGAUAAAUAUAGGCAAUUUUUAGAGAAGAUUAAAGUAAUUCUAAGUCAUUAUAAUGAAUUUAGGAUACAUAUAAAACUAAGUUUUCGGAAUUCGAGAGGAAGGAUAUCAACUUAUUUUCUAAUUAAUAGAGUGAAUAGAAGAACUAAUUCUUUGUUACUGGAGUAGAUUAGAGGGAGGAACAAAAAUAAACUUAGGAGUAAAUUGAAGCAGAAAGACAGUAGGAGAGGAUGGCUGAUUUGGUAAUUGAGAUUCUUAACAAUAUUGAAGAGGGUAAUUUGAGAAACAUCUAAAAUCAAAGAGAUGCCGAGGAGGAUAUUGAAUAGAAGAAGAGGGAAUUGGAGAAAUUGGAAUAAAAAUUGAAAAAUGAAUAGGAUGAACAUUUAGAGAUGUUGAAAGCAGAAGAAAGAAAAUUGAAAGCGUAAUUGAAGAUAUAAAAUUAAUUGAAGGAUUAGGAAAAGGUGGAUCAAACAAAAUUGUAAUUUGCAGAAGGAGAAGACUUGGAUAUGGAUAAAAUUGGAAAGAAAAUCAUAGAAAUCUAAUAGGAGGCAACCAAGAACUAAGAUAUUAUGGGGAAGAGAUUGUAGAUAGACUCAAAAGUCAUUAAAUAAGUUAUUAAUGUAAUAGAAAUUAGAAUAUAUAGUAAUUAGAGAAAAUAGUGAUUGAUUUGUCUGAAUCUAAAUUGCAAUUCUUGUUAAGAUCAAAAACUGAUUUUAUUGAAGCCGAGAAGAAAAUUAAGAAGGAGAAACAAUAACAAAGAUUGAACAAUCAGAAGGAUGAGGAAAAAAAGAAGUAGAUUAUGGAGAGGAGAAAUAAGAAGGAAGAACAUUUGUAGAAAUUUUAUAAGGGAAGACAUGAUAUGAAGAGGAAUUAUAAGUAGGAAAAGCCAGUCGUAGAAACAGAAGAGACGGAAACAGAUUAGAAUGAUGAUGAAAAGUAUUUAAGGGAAUCGUAUGAAUUGGUUUAUGUGCCUCCCCAGUAAAAAUCUCAUAAUUAAUAAUAAUCAAAUGAAUUAAAUAUAAAAUAGAAUGACAGAUAAUAAUGA